AUGGCUACCUUGGUUCCUCCACCUUCAAAACGCCAGAGACGUGAACUCCAGGCACCUAAGAUCAUUGACGAGAUUCCUGAUGAUUUGCCUCAUGUGAUAAUUAAGUUUCAAGCCUCUGAUACAGGCGAUGUUAUUGGCGGUAACAUUCGCGUGCCGGGCAACGCGAGCGAGAAGCAGCUCGAGACGUUGCUUAACAAGUUACUGGAAACAGAUGAUGAGCCGUCACCUUACACAUUUUCUUUACUUAAAAGCGAGGCUGCACCUGGAUCUAAUGAAGCACCUACACUUGUUGAUAUUACAGAUAACAUUUACAGUUCGGUACUUAAGCCGGGCCAUAAAACAACCGAAGAUCAUCUAACACUAGUUUAUACACCACGAGCAGUAUUUAAGGUAAAGCCUAUUACACGGUCGUCUUCUGCAAUUUCAGGACACGGAUCAACGAUCCUUGCGGUUGCAUUUGCGCCACACACAUCAGGGCGUAUGGUGACUGGUGCUGGAGAUCAUACGGCACGCAUUUGGGACUGCGAUACACAGACUCCGCUGAAGACACUUGCAGGACAUUCGGACUGGGUUCUUGCAGUUGCAUGGUCACCUGAUGGACGACUGAUUGCAACGGGUAGUAUGGACAAUACUGUACGGGUUUGGGAUCCCAAGACUGGCAAACAGCAAGGUGCGCCGUACAUGGGACACAGUAAAUGGAUCACAUCACUAGCAUGGGAGCCGUUGCAUUUGGUGAAACCUGGAGACACUCCAAGACUUGCAUCCUCCUCCAAAGACGGUACAAUCAGAGUAUGGGACGUGGGCCGCCAUGUGCCAUUAUUUAGCAUGACUGGCCAUCGGGCCACGGUAUCGCACGUCAAGUGGGGAGGUCUUGGUGAUAUUUAUUCAACAUCUCAUGAUAAGAGCGUGCGGAUAUGGUCUGGCAAGGACGGCCGGUUGGUCCAGAACUUGCAAGCUCAUGCGCAUUGGGUUAAUCACAUUGCUCUGUCGACUGAUUAUGUUUUGCGGACGGGUCCGUUUGACUACAAGGGGAAGAAGGGGGAUGUGAGCAAUGAGGAUCUGGUGAAAUUAGCUAAGGAGCGAUUUGAGAAGCAAGCAUCUGUUGGUGGAAGCAUUUCUGAGCGGGUUGUAACUGCAAGUGAUGAUUUCACCAUUUACUUGUGGGAACCUGCCAAGUCCAACAAGCCUAUUUUCCGUAUGACUGGACACCAGAAACCUGUGAAUCAUGUUGCAUUUUCUCCUGAUGGACGAUAUAUUGCAUCUUGUUCCUUUGAUAAUUCUAUUAAGCUAUGGGAUGGCCGUGAUGGCAAAUUUAUUGCAACGUUCCGAGGCCAUGUGGGUGCUGUUUAUCAAUGUGCGUGGUCAAGCGAUUGCCGACUUCUGGUGAGCUGUUCAAAAGACACAACAUUGAAAGUUUGGGAUGUACGAACGAAGAAGCUAAUGAGUGAUCUUCCUGGUCAUCAAGAUGAAGUAUAUGCUGUGGAUUGGAGUGUUGACGGGCGUCGGGUUGCUUCUGGUGGUAAGGACAAGCAGGUCCGGUUGUGGACCCACUAA